UUUACGUGCCGUUCACGAUACCAGACGUAAGAUAAGGAAGAUGACCGCUACAUCUAGCCAUCGGGCCGCCUCCCUGUUUUAAGUUUCUCUUACAUCUCUCUGAGUCUCUAACCUUUGCAAGCCUUUUUCAUACUUGAUUUGUUGUUUCUGCCUUAUAUGCUGUGUAGUACUUAUAAUUACUGAAUCAUCUCUUUGCCUCUCUUUUGUUUUUUCUCUCUGUUUCUUUGUUUCUGUCUUUUAACAUGGAAAAUUUUCAGGGAUUUUUCCCUAGUUCAUCGACAUUAUCAGUGUCUUCCUCGUCAUUAAACAUGACGAAUUCGCCUGGUUAUGGUGAAUUUCAAGGUGGCAAGGCUAAUGGGUUAUUGGGAUUAAUGGCAGAGAUGGAAGUUCCUGGCAGCUUGAAUGUGCACAACAUUUCCCAGGACAAAAGCUUUCCUGAGAGCAACAGCUUGGCUGGGACUGAAACUGAAGUGAAGAAAAAGGGAGAUAAAAAGAUAAGAAAGCCGAAAUAUGCUUUUCAAACAAGAAGCCAAGUUGAUAUACUUGAUGAUGGCUAUAGAUGGAGAAAAUAUGGGCAGAAAGCUGUGAAGAAUAACAAAUUUCCAAGAAGUUACUAUCGAUGUACCCACAAAGGAUGUAAUGUCAAGAAACAAGUGCAAAGAUUAACCAAUGAUGAAGGAAUGGUGGUGACAACUUACGAAGGCAUGCAUUCACAUCCCAUCCAAAAAUCUACUGACAACUUUGAGCAUAUCUUAAGCCAGAUGCAAAUCUACUCUACAUCCUUCUGAAUCAAAGGCGAUCGAGCAGAGAUAUUCAUCAUAUACAUAAUACUUGUAAAUUAAGAACUAUGCAUUAUUGGAUUGAGACAAUUUUAAAUUAAAUUCACUGCCCCCUAUUGAUCGACGAGAAAAUUUCUUUUAGAUCAUUUUUCAUUCACAAAAAAAAAAAGACCAUUUGUUUUGUUUAUCAUCUCGAAAUUAAUGGUGAUUGAUAGGUCAAAGAACUCGUGCUGUAAUUUGGGAGGAUAAUUUAUAAUCUGAUUAUGUCUAUUGGAUUUACGAUUAGAAAGGACUUAUUUUUGUACCAUUUUAUUUUGGGUUGUUAUACAACAGUGUAAAAAAAACAGUGUCCACGCCUGGGCCAUUCUCUGGGUGGCGCUUGGUUCGCA